AUGAAUGAAAAAAAUGCUGGUUUGGAAAUAAAUGAAUCUAAUGACAAACCCUCAGUACCGAGGGUGCUUCCUUCUUGUCUUCGUAAUGGGAGCAACAAUAAUAAUACUAAUCCCGUUGUUAAAAAUUCAAGAGUUUCAUUUCCGGAUGAUGAACGUGAUCUCGUUACUGGUUAUUUAGAACCUGAAAAUCCCUGGGACGUGGGUCCUGUGUCACCAGAAGAUUUAGUGAGUUUAUAUGAAGAAUCAUGUGAAAAACAUGGAACUAAACCAUUGGAACAAGUUGUAAACCAGUUAAAAGUUUGUUACCAAACGUGUCCAGAUUUAGACGUGUCAGCAUCGUUGGAUUUGGCAUCGUUGGAAGCAUUAGAAGCAAUACUUCGACGAGUUCGUUUUCAAAAUCUUCGAAUUAAUUCAUUAGAGCUUAACGACGAUGCAGCCGUUGCAUUAUUCGACAUGAUUGAAUAUUACGAAAGUACAAAUACUUUGAGUAUUUCAUGUGUUAGCGGUUUAGGACCCAGAAGUUGGCAAGCUUGUUCGAGGUUAAUUAAAAAAGCUCAUUCGUUAGAAGAAUUAAAUGUUAAAGGGACUCCAUUAAACGAACAGGUUAUGAUGGUAUUUUGUAAAGCUUUAAAAGUGGGAUCACAACUCACAUCGCUACAACUUGGUCACUGUAAUAUAAAUGGCCGGUGUUUGACUGUUUUAACGGAUGCUUUAAGGUGUAAUACCAGUUUGCAAGCUUUAACUUUAUCUAAUAAUGAUUUGACUUCUAAAGAUGCAAUACAAUUGGCUUCUUUGCUAAGAGUUAACACUACUCUUAGAUUUCUCGAUAUAAGCAAUAAUUCGAUUCAAGAUAACGGAUGCGGAUAUAUUUGCGUUAGUUUAAUGCAACAGAAAGCUGAGGGUUUGGAAGCAUUGGUGUUGUGGAACACGGAACUCACGAGCAAAUCGGGUUUUCACUUGUCCGGAUUAUUGAGUUCGUUUUGUCCCAUAAAAACGUUAAACAUUGGUCAGAACGACAUCGGCACGGCGGGAAUGUUGGCGAUGAAGUCGGCGCUGAUAAACAAUCGUUCUCUCCAGCAGUUGGGCGUGCAAGCGGCUCAAAUCGAUUCCGAGGGGAUUUUGGUCAUAGCGGAAGCCCUGGAAAAAAAUUCGUGCAUUCAAAGGAUCGACGUGAGGAGUAACGCGAUCGGAACGAAAGGAUUAACGGUACUCAAGAAGAUACUGAACGACGGGAGUACAGUUCAUCGCAUAGACCUCGACGAUUCCCAGGAAAAUCCGGAGGAUCAAAAGUUGAUCGAUGACAUACGGGAAUGUUGCAGGCUCAACGAAGCACGAUUUCGUGUCAAGGAAGAGCUUGAAAAUUCAAAGAGUUUUUUUUGUUCCCGGAAAAUAUCGCUCACGUGCGAGACAUUCAUGAGACACCAGUUGGAAAGUGGGAAAACGGGAGAUUUGUUGGGGGAACCCAAACGUUCGGGACGGUUGAGGAGUCCGGAACCGAGUCCCAUUCCGAGUCCGGCAUCGAGUCCCCUUCCCAGUCCCUCGAGAAAUCGUUUCAGGGUAUCACGCGUGUCGGAAUCCUCGUCGUCUGGUUCGUCAUCGAUUUCGCCCUCGUCGCCGGUGACGUCGUCACGCUUUCGCGUGACCGUCGUCGAACCCUCGACCGUACACGCGGAUAAUAAUUCACCUCAAAUCGGUUUUAAAAUUCCAACUCCGCCGCCACCGGUGGAAGAACCGCAAAUCGGGGAAAAACGAUUAGUGGGUAGUGGUUGUUGUGUAGUGGGAGAAAAAGAAAAAAAACCGCCGGAAAUUCAAAUUCAAGAACCGUCGAACGUGAGGCAAACGAUCGACGAAGAAGAUUGCAGAAAAAGAAAAGUUUCGGUUUUUCCCACGGCUCCCCAAAUCGGUUUGGAAAAACUCAUGGGAAUUUUUCAAAAACCCACGUCGAUUUUUAAUUCUUUGCCCGGGGACAAGAAACAAGAAAACGUUGGUCCCCCACAAAGACCCGAUCCGAAUUUUUCCGCGGAAGGUGAUAAAACGAACGGUCCGAAUGACGGAAAUGACGUCAACGUCGGUGACGACGAUUGUUGGGAAUGGAAUUGGUCAACGGACAAAGAAAAUUCAAAAUCGUCGGCGGAAACGGAAAUGAAAAAAGAAAUAACUCAAAGCGACGAUGAUUCUUCUUCGGCUUUUUGA